UUCAAAUUCAACCCCCAUCCAACUUGCUCUCUCUUCUCUUUGCACCCGUCUACUAUCCAUCCAUCUCUGCGUUGCAUUUCAAUGCCAGUGCUGGAGAGGCUCUGGUCCCCAGAUCUCAGGAUGCGGGACUCUGGUCUUGGAGUUGGGGUCUGUCCAGAUGAGCCUCCUGGCUCGCCAGUGUGGGGACCUUUAAAAACUCCUCCAGUUACUUGUGGUGGCCUGUCACUGGCCCUGGAGCUUCCAGCUCUCAUACGGCAGCUCAGGGCGGCUUGGAGAGCUCGCAGGGGAGGCCCCCAGGGGCAGGAGAGAAGUCAAGGGAGCACCUGGGUGGAAGCAGAGAAUGAGGAGGUAGAAGAGGUCACUGAGGACAUAGACCACAACAGUACACAUGUUGAAGCUGAUGGCAGACUGAACACUGGUCAUGCUGGUGUGUUGCUGGCAGAAAGGCGAGGCUCUUAUCCGCUGAUUGACCUGCGAAUCCUGAAAAGUAGUGCCCAGCAGGAGGUGGAGUCUGGCACCAGGAGAAAAGUGAAGCGUCUGCUGAGCUUCCACAGAUACUGCCACGCCUCCAGGUUGCUGAGGAGGCUGGUUCCCCACACCCCAGGGUCCCUACAUUUACUGGAUGAUGACUACCUGGGACAGGCAGCUCACAUGUUAUCAAAAGUAGGCACGUGGAACUUUGACAUCUUUCUCUUUGAUCGUCUUACAAACGGUAACAGUCUGGUCACGCUGAUGUGCCAUCUCUUCAAUGUCUAUGGUCUCAUUCACCACUUUCAGUUGGACAUGGUCAAGCUGCACAGGUUUCUUGGCAUGGUGCAGGAAGACUACCAUUCCCAGAAUCCAUAUCACAAUGCUGUUCAUGCUGCUGAUGUCACUCAAGCAAUGUACUGCUACCUGAAUGAGCCCAAGCUGGCUGAGCAGCUGACCCCCUUGGAUGUGUUUCUGGGUCUGAUGGCAGCGGCAGCCCAUGACGUAGACCAUCCAGGAGUCAACCAACCCUUUCUCAUCAAGACCAGACACCACCUAGCAUCCCUUUACCAGAACACGUCUGUGCUGGAGAGUCACCACUGGAGAUCGACGGUGGGCAUGCUGCGAGAGUCGGGACUGCUUUCACAUUUACCCACUGACAUGUCGCAGGAUAUAGAACAACAGCUGGGCUCUCUCAUCCUGGCCACAGACAUCAGCAGGCAGAAUGAGUUCCUGUUGACGUUCAGAGAACAUCUAGACAACCAGGACCUGGACCUUCAGCUGGCCUCACAUAGGCACUUCAUACUGCAGAUUGCUCUAAAGUGUGCAGAUGUUUGUAACCCCUGUCGGGUUUGGGAGCUGAGCAAGCAGUGGAGUGAGAGGGUGUGUGAGGAAUUCUACAGACAGGGUGACCUGGAGAGGAAGUUUGACUUGGAGAUCAGUCCACUGUGUGACCAACAGGCAGACUCAGUCCCAGCUGUCCAGAUGGGUUUCAUCUCCUACAUUGUGGAGCCUCUGUUUGAGGAGUGGCACCGCUUCACCAAGCCCAGCCUGCUCAGCCAGACUAUGUUGGGCCACCUGCACAAGAACAAGGCCUGCUGGAGCUGCAUGCGAUAUGCUCACACCCCUUCAGACACUCAAACUGAAGAGCCUGAAGGAGAGGGAGAGGAAGAAGACAUUCCUUAAUGCUUUUCUUGAUUCUUGGGGUGUCUUAUCUACCUUCACACAAGGAGGAGAGGAGUUAUUUAUUAAACUCCGUGUUUAAUCUCCAGCAUAUUUCCUCCCACAGCUGGUUUAUCAUAGGCUCUGAGUGGGAACACGGGAAGAGUUUAGCCUUGACAUGUAAGAAACGGCUCCCUCUGGUGGAGCAGGGAAGGACUGUAGCACUGCAGAAAAAAAACAAUGGAGGAAAUUCAUGAUGAAGCAGAUGUUUUUUUUUUUUAAAUCUUAGUAAAUAAAUGCAAAUUUUUGUCAUGCCUUUCUCUUUAACCCAGAUAUCUGCUUAAAAUGAGCUGAGAAAAGCAGGAUUAGAUUUCAGAGGUUCUGGUAUUGACACAAGAGGGGAAAAAAAGACAAGUGUUGUGUUUUCAGAGUGCUGCUAGAACAAUAAAAAAAUAAAAAAGCCAAAACUAUAUAAAAGUCAGCUGGACUGUGCUGGAAAGUAUAAAAGAUAAAGAUAAAAAUAUAUGAAUUCUAUGCUUUUUAAACCUUAAGUCAGUCGUAUUAAUCUCUUUUCACUGUUUGUUGUCUUUGUUCUUUUACUGCUUGUACUCCUUUUGGAUGCUUUUUCAUAGCAAGUUCUCACUUGUCUACUUUUCACUGAAGUGCAUUUGUAUCUGAAAGCACUAAGCUGGUCCAUCAGAGGUAGUGUAAACUGUAACAUGGUCAAGGUUUUAUCAGUGGAAGACUGAAUAAGCUGACUGACUGGAGUGACUUCAGUUGGUGUGGAUGGGUUGCUUGAAAGCUGUCAGAUGGACGUUUUUGGACUUGAACUGACUCUCUGAUGGAAUGGUUCAUCUUUAAUUUUUUCUAUAUUUGUCUUCAUAUUAUAAUAAUAGAAGUAGUGUAAUCUGUAGAUACUAUGAUGUAUGACCUUAGCACGUCACAUGCCAAAUUAUCAGCAAUGUUUUCAUCCCCUUACUGAGUGUGCUCAAUGAAAAAUGUACCUGUCCUCACCCCAGUGUUACCUUUUUAACAGCUGAAUGGGGGCAUUUAGUUAUAACCUCACUUUACAAGCUCAUAAACAACAAAGCCUUAACAGCAUCUUGUCCUUCAGUGAAACAUGAUAUCAAACUGCUCAGUUACGGUUCCUGCCUGUUAUUCUUCAGCCAUACCAGCAUACUGAAACACACACACACACAAAGUACUGUAGCAGCUUAUUUUCUGAUUUAUCUUUCACCCAGUAUCAGGGUCAGAUUUAGUGUCAUUGCCAAGGUGCCAAUGUACUGUUAUGAUGAUCAUCAAGUCACUGCUGUGUUACCUCUCUGAGGCUUUUUAUAAUCCUUUCUUAUUACACUUGCAACAUGCACUGUGUGCACUAUAAAUUCAUAAAUAGACUUGGGCCACUUAGUAACUACAGACAGCUUAAAUUUAAAUGUAUUAUUCCCUGCAAGCAAUAUUGAAAAACUGUAAGUUAUAAUUAAUAUAAAAACAUGCAAUUCAUUGAUCAAACAUAUAUUUAAUAUAUGUGAUAUCUGUGUAAUCUAAAUGGUGAGAUUGAUCCAUAUAAACAUGAUGCUUCCUACAAUGAAAUAUAUAGUGUUUGUAAAUACUGGUUGGUCCAAGUUUAAAAUGUACAAUAUAUUUGUAUCACUUAGUUUUAAAUAUGUAUAGUUAAGGUUAUUGUACAUGUUUUGUUAUUUUUUGAGCUACAGAGGAGCUUUAUGAUUAUAAAAACCCAGUAUUAUAA